AUGGAGCGCGAGGGCUGCGAGGGGGGCGGGAGCAGCGGCGGCGAGGUCGGCCGUGUUCCCCGGGAGGGCCCGGCGGGGAACGGCCGUGACCCGAGCGUCGGUCGCGCCGCCGCGGCGCCCGGGGACGGGCAGGCGGCUGAGUCCCUGCUGGCCCCCAUGGAGGUGGGGGAGGAGCCGCUGGAGAAGGCGGCGCGCGCCCGCACGGCCAAAGACCCCAACACCUAUAAGGUGCUCUCGCUGGUAUUGUCAGUCUGUGUGUUAACAACAAUCCUUGGUUGUAUAUUUGGGUUGAAACCCAGCUGUGCCAAAGAAGUGAAAAGUUGCAAAGGUCGCUGCUUUGAGAGAACAUUUGGCAACUGCCGCUGUGAUGUUGCUUGCGUUGACCUUGGAAACUGCUGUCUGGAUUACCAGGAGACAUGUAUAGAACCAGAACGUAUAUGGACUUGCAACAAAUUCAGGUGUGGGGAGAAAAGGUUGUCCAGAAGCUUGUGCUCCUGUUCAGAUGACUGCAGGGACAAGGGUGACUGUUGUGUCAACUUCAGCACCGUGUGCCAAGGAGAGAAAAGUUGGGUAGAAGAAACAUGUGAGAGCAUUAAUGAGCCACAGUGUCCAGCAGGGUUUGAAAUGCCUCCUACCCUCUUAUUUUCCUUGGAUGGCUUCAGGGCAGAAUAUUUACACACCUGGAGUGGCCUUCUUCCUGUUAUUAGCAAACUAAAAAACUGUGGAACGCACACCAAAAACAUGAGACCAGUGUAUCCAACAAAAACUUUUCCCAAUCACUACAGCAUUGUCACUGGACUUUAUCCAGAAUCUCAUGGCAUAAUUGACAAUAAAAUGUAUGAUCCCAAAAUGAACGCUUUCUUUGCACUUAAAAGUAAGGAGAAAUUUAAUCCUGAGUGGUACAGAGGAGAACCAAUUUGGCUCACUGCUAAACAUCAAGGCCUGAAAAGUGGUACAUUUUUUUGGCCAGGAUCAGAUGUUGAAAUUAAUGGAAUUCUCCCAGACAUCUAUAAAAUGUAUAAUAGUUCAAUACCAUUUGAAGAAAGGAUUUUGGCUGUUCUUAAGUGGUUGCAGCUUCCUAAAGAUGAAAGACCACACUUUUACACUCUGUAUUUAGAAGAACCAGAUUCUUCAGGUCAUUCAUAUGGACCAGUCAGCAGUGAAGUCAUCAGAGCAUUGCAGAGGGUUGACAACAUGGUUGGCAUGCUGAUGGAUGGUCUAAAAGAGCUGAACUUGCAUCGAUGCCUGAAUCUUAUCCUUAUUUCAGAUCAUGGCAUGGAACAAGGCAGUUGCAAGAAAUAUGUAUAUCUGAAUAAAUAUUUGGGAGAUGUUAAAGAUAUUAAAAUUGUAUAUGGACCUGCAGCUCGAUUGAGACCCUCUGAUGUCCCAGAUAAGUAUUUUACAUUUGAUUAUGAAGACCUUGCCAGAAAUCUUUCUUGCCGGGAACCAAACCAGCACUUCAAACCUUACCUGAAACAUUUCUUACCGAAGCGUUUGCACUUUGCCAAAAGUGACAGGAUUGAGCCCUUGACAUUCUAUUUGGACCCUCAGUGGCAGCUUGCAUUGACUCCUUCAGAAAGGAAACAUUGUGGAAGUGGAUUCCAUGGUUCUGACAAUUUGUUUUCAAAUAUGCAAGCCCUCUUUAUUGGCUACGGACCUGGAUUCAAGCACCGCCUUGAGGUUGACUCCUUUGAAAAUAUCGAGGUCUAUAAUUUAAUGUGUGAUUUACUGAAUUUGACACCUGCUCCUAAUAACGGAACUCAUGGAAGUCUUAACCACCUUCUAAAGAAUCCUGUUUACACCCCAAAGAAUCCCAAAGAAGUCCACCCCGUGGUACAGUGCCCCUUCACAAGAACCCCCAGACGUAACCUUGACUGCUCGUGCCAUCCCUCAGUCUUGCCAGUUGUGGAUUUUGAGAUACAGUUGAAUUUGACUGUGGCAGAAGAGAAGGUUAUUAAGUGCAGCACUUUACCUUAUGGAAGACCCAGAGUUCUCCAGAGGAACACCUCGGUCUGUCUUCUCUACCAGCACCAGUUUGUGAGUGGUUAUAGCCAUGACUUCCUGAUGCCCCUUUGGACCUCUUACACUGUCGACAGAAAUGACAGUUUCUCUGCAGAAGACAUUUCCAACUGUCUUUACCAGGAUCUUCGAAUUUCUCUUAGUCCUGUCCAUAAGUGUUCCUUUUAUAAAAAUAACGCUGAGCUGAGUUAUGGGUUCCUCUACCCACCGCAACUAAAUAAAGGUUCAAAUCAACUAUAUUCUGAAGCAUUGCUGAAUACUAAUAUAGUGCCGAUGUACCAGAGUUUUCAAGUUAUAUGGCGCUACUUUCACGGCACCCUUCUGCAGAGGUAUGCAGAAGAAAGAAAUGGCAUCAAUGUUGUGUGUGGUCCUGUGUUUGACUCUGAUUACGACGGAUGUUAUGAUUACUCGGAGACCCUGAAGCAAAACAGCAGACUCAUCCGUAAUCAAGAAAUUCUGAUCCCAACUCACUUCUUCAUUGUGCUGACAAGUUGUAAAAACACAUUCCAGACUCCCUCCCAGUGUGAUGAUUUAGACACCUUAGCUUUCAUUUUGCCUCACAGGACUGACAACAGUGAGAGCUGUGUGCAUGGGAAGCAUGAGUCUUCAUGGGUGGAAGAAUUAUUGAGGUUACACAGAGCUCGGAUCACAGAUGUUGAACACAUCACUGGACUCAGCUUCUAUCAAGAAAGGAAAGAGCCAAUUUCAGACAUUCUAAAGUUGAAAACACAGUUGCCAACCUUUAACCAAGAAGACUGAUAUUUUUUAUUCCAAAAACACACCAUAAAUGUUUCUGAAAGAACCUUUUAUUUUAUACAGUCCUCUAUUCACGCUGUCGCCUUGUUUGGAAACUGCCGACCAGAGUUAGAGCUGAGAAUCCUCUGAUAAACCAUCUCAGGGAACCUCGCGGCCUCUGCCCGGCAGUAGAAAAAUACUCUUAUUGAGUCUCACACAUGUUUGAAUGUGUAAGAGUUGUUCCACUUUGGGGAAUAAAGACAGACCAGUCCUAAAACUGCUCUUCUACUUCUCUUAAGGGCAGAAGUAGCUGUGAACCUUGUCUGGACACCAGAUAUUUGAAUUUUAUUUUCACUAAUAAACUUUUCUGGAACUGGCAACCAGGACACUAAUGGAUAGGAUUGGAAUAGUCUGUGUUACUUUAGUAUUUUCACAAAGACUUAAAGGUGAUUCUCGAUUCUUUCUGACUUGGAGUUCCAUUCAUUUUAGUUUUAACUGAAAAAAUUAGCGGAAGCAAAAAUAUUUCUAAGGCCCUCUUUCUGUCUUUGGUGACACCCAUUCAAAAGCCAAAAUAUGCAAUCCUGUGGGGUUGUUUUGUUUUUGUUUUUGUUUUUUUUUUGUGAUUGGGCUUCUUCAGAUUUAAUGUCUUUAACAAGUUAAACUUUGAGGGAAGAUCUGUGAAUUGAGUAAUUGAGUCUCUCUACCUGCUAUAAAAUUUUAUUCUGUAUUUGCGCAAAAAGAAAGAUAUUCCCAUCCUGUUCACUGGUAAUUAACAUAGGUUGAAAAUAGCUCUAAAAGUAGCUAUUUUAGACUAUUACAAAUGUCUUGGUGGAACUUCAGAGAACUUGUCAACACAUGCAUGGUGGCAUUUUUCAUCAAGAUGGUAGGAAUGUUUUCCUCUAUGCACAAAAAUGACCCCACCAGCAGCAGAACUAUGCUGAGCUGUUUGUUUUGAAGUUCCAUAGAUUUGGAAAGAAUGUAUAACCAUUACUUUACAUCUUCUUGGUGGUCAUGAUAAAUGAACCUGACCUCUAACCACAUAGACUAUACCUUUUAGUCCCAACCUGUGAACCUUCAAAGGCUUCCUUCACUUUUAAGCUACGUGGGUUUGAUUUAGGUGUUAUAUUAGUCCACCAAAAAUUUUUAUUUGUCCUUUAUAGGAUGAUCAUUCUUCAACAGACGACAGGCCACAAAAUCCUUUAGAUAAUAUGAUUUGUAUCUAAAAAUUAUUUAAUAAUUUAGAAAGUUUUGUUGGUUUUUGUUUUAGUCCCAUAGGGCCCUGAGGGUUUGUACAUUGCUUUUUUUCCAGCCUGUCUUCUCUGUUGUUCAAUUUGGGUCAUUUCUAUUGUUUGUCUUUAAGUUCACUGAUUAUUUUCUUUCUCUAAUCCAUUUUGUUGUUGAGCCCACCCAUUGAUUUUUCUAUUUCAGUUAUUGGUGGUUGUUUUUUUUUCUAAAAUUUCCAUUUGGUUCUUCUUUAUAUCUUGUAUUUCUUUGCUGAGAAUUUUUAUUUUUUUGCUGAGAUUUUCUAUUUUUUCAUUUAUUCUAUGCAAUUUAUAAAUACUCGCUGAAGCAUUUUUACAAUGGCUGCUGCAAAAUUCUUUUCAAAUAAUGCCAGCAUCUGUGUCAUCUCAGGGUUGGCAUCUGUUGUCUUUUUUUCAUUCAAAAAGAUUUUUCUGGUUCUUGGCAUGAUGAAUGAUUUUCAGUGGAAACCUGAAUAUUUUAGGUGUUAUGUGACUAUGGAUCUUAUUUAAACCUUCUGCUUUAGCUGACUUUCUCUGACAUCAGCCUAGUGGGGGACUUAGGGGCACUGUCUAGUUCUUCCAAGGUGUGGUUACGAGUCCAGGUUUCCCACUCAGCCUCCAGUGACACUUGGGGUGAGAUGGGACCUUUGUCGCAGGGUGCAGGGUAGAAAUUCAGCUCUCCCCCUGGGCCUCCACUGAUGCCUUCCUGGCUGGGGUAUGCAGGGGGCCUUGUCACUGCUCCCCUGUGGUGUCCACUGACACUGUGGGCAGGAAUGUUGGGAAGGCUUUAUUAUGACCAAGUGGGGAUGAAAUGACCAGUUGCCUGCUCAACCUUCUCAGAUACCACCCUGUCAGUUAGGGUACUUCAUGACAGACUGUCACGGUUGGAAGUCCAGGCUCCCCACUUGGCCUUUGCUGACCUGGUUGCAAUUACUGUUUUCUCUUUUGCUAGGCUACUCCUCUUUCAGUCCUUUGGCUAGAGAGCAGGUCUUUCUUAGGACUUCUUUUUGCCUGCUCUGUUGGCAUUUCACAGGUUGUGAUGUCUUCAGCUCCAAGCCUGGGACAUAUGAGCUAAAAAGCAAAAACUCGGGGGAACUCAUCACAGUUUUUUGUCCCUUGGGUCCCUUUGUCCCAAGGUCCCUAGCCUGCCUGCCUUCUUCUCUCCACCUUUCAGAAUCUUCCUAUUUUUAUUUUAUAUAUAAUAUCUUAGCUUUUUAUCUGCACUUAGCAGAAGGAUAUCUACUUCUUUAUAGAAGUGUCUCAUUGAUUUUUAUAUAUUCUUCAAAAUACAUGCAGACACAUGAUUGCCUCUAUGUAAAGCAUCUUAGCAGAUCUUAAUUAAAUGGGUAGAUGUCUCUCCCCUUUGCCAAUCACCAGGUAAUACAAAGAAGGACAAGUAAUAAUCCUUAGAGUUUUAAGGAGGGAGAGGAUGGAGCAGAAGUGUAGAUGAUCCCUAAAGGGUGGUGAUUGUUUAAAUGGAGUCAUAGGCAAGGUGCCAGGGAGGACAGAGGAGACACUGGGCGGUGUUUGACAGUUUCAGCAGUGACUUCUCAGAGGUGGUGACAUUUGGGCUAGAACUUAGUGCAAAUUGGAGCUCUUCAGGUGAACAGGUAAGGAAAGGACAUUCUAACAUCCCUUGGAUGGAUACUCUUUGGCAUUUUCCCAUUUACUCCUAUUUCUGAUAUUUUCUACAAGUGUUGCUAUGACCAACUUAUGAUAUACAACUACUUUAUUUUUCCUGCUUUGUUAUAAUCAUCUCCUGCUCUUAUAAGUCAGACUAUUAAUGCUAUGCUGACUCUAAAGUGAAGAGCAUCCACAUCUGUUCCUAUUUAGCUUGUUUUUUUUCAGUUGCUCUUACACAGUGUUUUCUUUUUUUUGUCUUGAAAGAGAUCUCUCCUUUGACUGUUUCAUCAUUUUAAAACAUGUGACUGGCCUCCAGUCCCCAAUUUGAAUGGUAAAUUUACAUGGCUAUAUAUGAAAAUGUCUUUAUCCUACUAUUUACAAUGAAGGCUGUUCUUUGCUUUUCAUAUGCAAAAUGAAACCUUUAUUUUCCCCUAACUUUAUUGCCAUGCCUCUGAUCAGUACUUCUUAAAUGAGGUAAGUAACUUCCAUAUAAAAUUUCAUAGCUAAGUCAGCUCAUUCAUGGUAGAGCAAAGAAUCAGGUGGAACUUAAAAAUAUUUAGAAGUUUCAGAGAAAAGAGGGCAAACCUUAGGAGGAAGAAGGCAAAUGUUCCAGCAGCGUAGGUCAAUGUGUAGAGGACUGUUUGGCCAGUUGGCCCAGUCCUGUUUCAGGAGAGAAGGUGGAUGAGAUUGAAGCUAACACCACCCAGUCCUCCAGGAAAGGCUGUUACCACCCCCCACCUUGACUCUGUCAUUAGCUAGAGUAACUAUCUUGCCUUGCCCUGCUUAUCUUAUCUAUAACAGGAAUGGGCAUUUGAACUUUGAAACUAAAUGUGGUGAUUACACUUCGUGCCAAAAAGCCUAUCCCAGGAAUCUGGUGUGUUGGUGCUUUUAUAAGCAUUAGGUAAAAUUGUAACAUGGCUACAGUCCAAUGACAUUUUCCUUGUUUUUUGGCAGUCUAAAUAUUAUAAGGGAGAGGAAAAAGUCUACAGAAUAUGUCUCUAAGCUAAGAAAUGUGGAUUUACCAAUAAAAAGUGUAUAUACAGAAACUUGGCCGCUUUCGUGUGUGUGUGUGUGUGUGUGUGUGUGUGUGUGUGUGUGUGUGUGUGUGUGUGUUUGGAGGGUG